AUGUCAGCCGCCAGUGUUUCCAUUUCACCUGCUCAAAUGCAAUCUCAUUGGCAUUCAGACAGAGGUCCAGUCAUGUUGUACUCCACUACAAAAUCACCUAAUCCAUCAAUCAAACAAAUCAAAUCGGAUGAAGAUGAUUUAGAAUUACUUGCAAAGCAAAAGAAAAAAUCUGAUGCCCGAGCUGCUUUUUGUUUACGUUGUCAAACUUACAUAAAGUUUGGAAUACACUGUCACCGGAUUACAAAAUGUGUUAAAGGAAAUGCUACUACUAAAAACUCUGGUAAUCCUCAUAACACUAAUACCAGUUUAACAAUAGCAAGCCAAUUGAUCUUGAAUUCUGCACCUCCUCCUCCAAAUACAUUAGAACCUCAAUCGAAUGAAUGUUCAACUCCUUCAAAUUCUCAUAGACCUUAUCCUACAGCCAUCACAUCUUCAUCUCCAUCUCAUUUACUUCCAUAUUCCUAG